AUGUUGCAAUCUCCCAACAACAACGGACCCAAAGUGAAUUGGAAUAAUGACGUGUGGUUUGAUAUUCAAAAUUUGCCAUUUGUACCCGAUACAGAAAACUAUUUCCCGUACACUAAAGGGAUGUUGCACCGGAAAGGAAGCAGAGAGCGAGGAGGAAUGAGUGAAUAUGCCCGUAAUCACUAUGUGAAUAAUAUUGCUAAAUAUUGGGAUAAAUUCUUUAAAGUUAAUCAAGAUAAAUUCUUUAAAAACAGGCAAUGGAUGUUGCGGGAAUAUGUCCAGUUAACACAGGCGAUUGAAAGAAAUGAACAAUUUAAUUUUUGUGAAAUAGGUUGUGGAUGUGGAAAUACGAUUAAUGGUAUUUUGGCCAAUUUACAUUCAGUGAAUCCACAGUUUAAUCCAACGAGUCAAAUGGAAAUUUAUGGAUUUGAUUGCUCUGAGCACGCUGUUAAAAUUUUGCGAGAGCAAUACAGAGAUUCGCCAAAUGUUCAUUUCUUUGUUCAUGAUUUACUUUCUGCAGAAGGAGCCGUUUUAACACCACAAAUGGCAGAGAAUAUGCCUCAAGACGAGUUUUUAAAGCGUCACUUGCCUCCAAAACCUCGCUCUAUCAAUUAUUCAAGCAUGAUUUUUGUACUCAGCGCCCUCAGCUCUUUGGAGGACAUGAAGCGGAUCAUUAAUACAAAGAUAUAUGAACUGUUAGCUCAAAACGGUAUUUUAUUCUUUCGAGAUUAUGCUGUCAAUGAUUUGGCACAUUACCGAUAUCUUAAUGAAAAAGAUGUCUACACGAAACAACUAAGCGAGGAAUGCUUUGUUCGUGGAGAUGGUACUUUGGUUUAUUUCUUUUCUAUUGACUCUUUGAAAUCUCUUUUUGAUGAGGACAAGUUUGAGAUAAUUACUUGCGAAUAUGUAGAUAAGGUUGUUGAAAACAAAGGUGAGGGUUUGACAAUGAAUAGAAAGUUCAUUCAGUUGAUUUGUAGAGCAAAAUAA